AUGAAGAAAGCGCGAAAGGCUGCGCUCGACGCAACGCUGCGCCGCGAAAUCGAAGAAUCGAAACCGCAGUCCAUCCGAGGCUGUCUCAGGCACGACAAGGCACACGAACUUCUCCGAGAUGUUUAUCAUCUCGGAGAGAGAAAAAGCCGCACGUCUCUAAUCAACUCAGCCAUGGACAGGCUGAAGAAAAGGGGCGUGACAAGGGACGUUACAACGACAGCAAGCGAGGCCCUGCGGCUAGAAGAAUCUAACUCCGCUCCCGUCGCAGGUGCGUUGGCCUCCCAGGGCGACUUCGUCGCAGUGGAGCUAAAUGGUUACAAAGCACCUGUAAAUGCGCUUGUGGUAAGGGAAGAUGCAAAAGAAGUGGUGGUUGAGUUCGAGGCAGACAGAGUGAGAGCAGUGUAUGACAGAGACUCGCAGGACAUUGUUGCUUUAACAAAAACUGAGCAAAAACAAAGCGAGGAAUUGAGGCAUGUCCAUGAAAGGGCACAACAUCUAGUUGAAUAUUUCGACGAGAGACUGUCUGGAGGAAAGAGGAAGAAAGCUGGUGUUUCAGUUUUCCCACCCCAAGUGGGAAGAGACAAACUGCCCAAUCCGGCAGAUGCACCGAGGCUGUACAAGUACAUCGUCAUCGAGGUUGGUUCGGGAAGUGCAGCCCUUGCACAGGCGAUAUUUAUCAAGGGAAAUGGUCUAAUAGGAGUCUACACGAUCGAUUGGGAUGACAGGAGAUUUGCGCACCUAAAGGAAGAUUUGAGAAACUUGGAUUUCAGCAAGCUACUGACCAUGUUCCCACAGCUCAUCCAUGUGCAUUGCACAUGGGACUGCAAGGCAAAUUCGCCCGCCGGGCAACAGCAACAUCCAGUGACCUACGGCAAAAAGGCCAAAGCAAAGGGCUUAAAGCCAGAUAAAGCACGAAUUGUCCACAUAGCGGAAGGGUGCGCAACAAUGUGGAAAAAGGCCAUCAACGAUACGCGACGGCUGAGCCCCUUUGUGACAUUUUCAUGGGAACACCCAACAGGGGUUGUAUCUAUGUGCAAGCUUUGUGGCACCAAGUUCGAAAAAACCCUGGAGAUCCUCACUGACAUCGCCGACUUCCCAGAGGACGACUACUUCUGUACCCCCUGCUCGCCGUGCAAGUGGAUCGAGAACCAGCCUACCAACAAGCAUCCCGAGAGGCUGGAGUAUGCCACCGAGACAGCCACCUACGAGCCAGGCUUCUGCGACUUUUUAGGCGACGCCAUCCUCAAACACCACAACAUCCCGAUCUCCACCCAGAAGCCACCCUCCGACCGCGUGCGCCGUGCCAGCCGCGGCCAUGCACCGAAAGCUCGCGCGACUAGGCUCGCAUUCCGGCGCCAGCGCGCUGCGGGCGAGUCGUCCAUAAAUGCUGUUCCGUAUAUUUAUCGUUUUGUAUUUUUCUUGCAGCUUUAUAUUCUUCAUCGGUAUGAUAUUUACGAGGACGCCCGACCUUCUUUUUAG